AUGUCUGAAGAGAAGAAAAAUGAGAUCAAGCAGAAGAUCCGAGAAAUAUAUCGUUAUGAUGGAAUGUCUAACAAAGUUCUACGAGCUGAUAGACGAUUACAGGAAAAUAAAGCUGACCCUUUAAAGGAUGCAGCGAUAGCUCAACCCAAGUCAAUGGCAGGUAGAAUAUCUAUAAAAGAUAUGGGGCAAAUAACAACUAAUGAAGAUUCUAAUAUUGCUGAGAAGCCCAUGAUAAAAGAACUUCCUGUUGCAAAAGUCAAGAAAGAAGCAGCGACAACAACUGCUACAAGAAAUAUAGGACUAAGAAGUGUUUUAGCGGAUGGAAUUGAUACAUUGAAAUAUUAUCCAAGUACCAAACCGAAUACAGAAGUAUAUGGAAAUAUUCUAGCAUAUGUUUCAGAGCUGCUAGGAAAUGAUAUGCCUCAUUCUGUGGUAGUUAGUGCAACUGAUCUUGUACUGCAAGUACUGAAAGGAGAUGGAUUAGAAUCAGAACAUAGUAUGACUGUUAAGAAGCAACAGAUUGAAGAAGAUCUGGAUAUGAACCUUGGGGAAAAUAAAUUCCAUGAGCUUGUUAACCUAUCUAAAAAGCUCACAGAUUAUCAUCGGAACACAGAACCAGAGGCUGGUAAUGAAGUUGCCAUUAUAGAUGAUAGUGGCUCAGAAGAUGAUGAUGAUGAUGAAGAUAAUGAAGCAACUACCAAUCAAGUUCUGGAAGAUUUAGGUGAAGGAAUGAAUAUUGAACUGAUCGAUACUAAUGACCAAAAAACCAACGACAUUAAACUUGGAAUUUCUAAUGAUAUUAUUGAAUUUCAUGGUUCAACGAAAAAUGACGCCGUGGAACAUAUACCGAUAUAUGUUAUUGAUGAAUAUUAUCUUCAAAGGAAGAUCAAUUCGGUAUUAAAAGUAUCAGAUGAUCUUGUACAUAAUAUUUCAGAAAAGAUUCUACAACUUUUGGGUGAAGAAUAUGCCACGAAAGAUUUAGAAAGCAAACUGAUCGAGAUUUUGAAGUUUGAAAAUUAUGAAUUGAUAGAAUUCAUUGUGUUAAAUAGGAUGCCGCUAUUUUGGGGUACCAAGCUAUCACGAGUUUCAGAAAAAACAAGAGAGUCGGUGUUGGAAGAAAUGCUCAAAAAUGGACAUUAUUCUUUGGUUGAAGAAUAUAAAAAGAGAGAAGUGCAACCAAAACGCCGAGUAAGUGAUAGUAGUAAUGAAAAAUCCUUAAAACCUGCCAUGAAGAAACAAAAAAAUGAUUUUACUUCAAAUUACCUUCAAAUCGUUGAUUUGAACACUUUAUCCUUUGAUCCUGGAUCAAAACUUUUGACUACAACACGGAUUUCUUUACCAAAGGAUUCCUUUAAAAGAAUAAAGCCAUCUUAUGAAGAGAUUCAUAUUCCCGCUCCUUUGAUGCCAACAGAUGGCUUUCCACUAGUUCCAAUUUCUCAGUUUCCGGAAUGGGCACAAAAGGCAUUCCCUGUUACUGAAACCAAGACUUUAAAUCGCAUACAAUCGGAGGUAUACCCUGUGGUCUUUGAUACAGAUGUAAAUAUCCUGUUAUGUGCCCCGACUGGUGCUGGUAAAACAAACGUAGCUAUUUUGGCCAUUUUGAGAGCAAUUUCUAAGUUUUUUAACGUCGAGAGAAACAAGCUACAAAUAUCUAAAUUCAAGGUUGUAUAUGUCGCACCUCUGAAGGCAUUGGUGCAAGAACAGGUUCGAGAGUUUCAAAGACGAUUACAACAGUAUGGAAUUAGGACUGCAGAGUUAACCGGUGAUUCUAAUUUGACAAAGCAGCAAAUAUCAGACACGCAGAUUUUGGUUUCCACCCCAGAAAAGUGGGACGUUAUUACGAGGAAUGAGUCUAACCAAAGCUUUAUAAAGUACGUCCGUCUUAUCAUUAUUGAUGAAAUUCACUUAUUGCAUGAUGAACGUGGUCCUGUGUUAGAAAGUAUAGUGGCCCGUUCGUUCAGAAAUCAGGAUCUUGAAUCCAUACCACGGUUACUUGGGCUAUCCGCAACUCUACCGAACUUUGAAGACGUUGCAAAAUUCUUAAGAGUUCCAAAAGAAGGGUUAUUUUACUUUGAUUCAUCAUAUAGGCCAUGUCCGCUGGCUCAACAAUUUUGCGGUAUUACUGAGAAGAGUGCUAUCAAGAAAGUUAACGCCAUGAAUCAUAUCUGCUAUGAAAAGAUACUAGAAUCUGUUGCUGAAGGCCAUCAAGUUAUAGUUUUCGUUCAUUCACGUAAAGAUACUUCAAGAACUGCUCGAUGGAUAAAAGAAAAACUCGUUGAAGAAGAAAAUAUUAAUCGGUUUAUCCCAUCAGAUCCUGGAGCCGUUCAAAUUCUAAAACGCGAAUCAAAGAAUAUUAGCGAUCGCCAUUUAUGUGAAUUGGUAGAGUUUGGGAUUGGAGUUCAUCAUGCCGGGCUUAUGAAAGAUGAUAGAUCCUUAUCAGAGGACCUUUUUGCUGAUGGAUUAUUGAAAGUUCUUGUAUCAACAGCUACCCUUGCAUGGGGUGUUAACUUACCUGCUCACACAGUUAUCAUUAAGGGAACAGAUGUUUAUUCUCCUGAAAAAGGUGAAUGGACUCACAUUUCGCCCCAGGAUGUACUACAAAUGUUAGGUAGAGCUGGUAGACCAAGAUAUGACACAAAUGGUGAGGGUAUCAUUAUCACUAAUCAGUCAGAUAUACAAUAUUAUUUGGCCGUGUUAAACCAACAACUCCCUAUUGAAUCACAGUUUAUAAGCAGAUUUGUUGAUAAUUUGAAUGCUGAAAUCGUUCUGGGCUCUGUGAAGAAUAGGCUCGAUGCUGUUGAUUGGCUAGGUUAUACUUACUUAUAUGUGCGUUUGCUAAAAGUUCCUGAUAUCUAUAAUGUUCCUGUUGAAAAAUACCCUGAAGAUACCGUUUUGUAUAAUUAUAGAUGCAACCUAGCCCACUCUGCACUCACUAUUCUUCAUAACAAUAAUUUAGUUGUUUAUGAUGCUCUUUCAGGUAAUGUUCGAUCAACUGAAUUAGGCCGAAUAGCUUCUCGUUUUUACAUCAAAUAUACCACCAUUUCGAUGUAUAAUGAAAGUUUGGGAGAGCAGCUUGAUCAACUUGAUAUCUUGAACAUAUUCGCUAAAUCUGAUGAAUUCAAAUAUAUGUCUUGUCGGCAAGAGGAAAAACAUGAAAUUACAAGAUUACUUGAAAGAGCACCAAUUCCCAUUAAAGAGAAUGCAGAUGAUCCACUGGCAAAAGUGAAUAUUUUGCUACAGUCUUAUAUUUCUCGGUUGGUACUAGAUGGCUUUGCAUUAAAUGCGGAUAUGGUAUUCAUCACGCAGAAUGCAGGUAGAUUAUUUCGAGCAUUAUUUGAAAUAUGCUUGAGAAAGCGUUGGCCACGGCUUACAAAGAUUUUGCUAAAUAUAUGCAGAUCAAUUGACAGAAGAUUGUGGUUAACGAAUUCACCUCUUAGACAAUUUCCAAGAUGCCCUAUAGAAAUCAUUAAAAAAACUGAAGCAUCUUCUUUGCCUUGGAUUGGUUAUCUUUACCUAAAAUCUCCGGCUGAGGUUGCGCAAGCUAUCAGGUCCGAAAAGUUUGGGAAGGCUACAUAUGAUCUAAUUCAAAGAUUCCCAAAGCUCAGAAUGGAGUGUUCUAUACAACCCAUAACGCAGAGCGUAUUAAAGUUUAGUUUAGAACUGAUUCCAGAGUGGAUUUGGGAUUCUAAAAUUCACGGACAUGCAGAAACAUUUAUACUUACCGUUGAAGAUACCGAUGGUGAAGUGAUUCUAUAUACCGAUACCAUAACUAUAAUGAAAGAUUAUAGUCACACAGAGCAUCUGAUUGAGUUUACAAUACAGCUUGAUCUAUCCAAGCCAGUCCAAGUUCCACCUGCAUAUUUUAUUAGUUUAUCUUCAGAAAAGUGGUUGCAUGCUGAUUAUAGAAUACCAGUGGUUUUAAAUGAAAUACAUCUACCGAAGAAAUUUCCUGCUCCUACACAAUUGAUAGAAAGAGACUUAAUUCCCAUUAACGAAGUGGGUGAGGACGAAUAUAUGAAUACUUUCCCAUUUUCUCAUUUCAAUAAAUUUCAAACACAUGUUUUUCAUCCCCUUUACAAUACUGAAGACAAUGUCUUGAUCUGUGCAUGUAAAGGAUCUGGAAAAACUGUGAUGGCAGAAUUAGCUUUAUUGAACCAUUGGAAAAAUGGGAAAGGACGUGCAGUUUAUAUAUGCCCAUCUCAGGAACGAAUUGACGGAUUACUUGAGAAAUGGAAACAUAACUUUUCAAAUAUCGCUGGCGGUAAAAAUAUUAAUAAAUUUGGCGCUGAGUUAACAUUAAACCUACGACUUCUCACGGAAUCACAUUUAAUUUUAUCAACACCUUCCCAGUUUGAUUUAAUAUCACGCCGUUGGAAACGAAGGAGAAAUAUUCAGACAUUAGAAUUAUUGAUCUUAGAUGACGUUCAUAUGGUCAGUAAUGGAUUAGAGGGUGCUAUAUAUGAGACUAUUAUAUCCAGAAUGCUCUUUAUCAGGGGUCAAUUAGAAACUAAUUUGAGAACUGUUGGGCUUUCUACCUCAUUGGCAGACGGUCGUAAUUUCGGAGAGUGGAUAGGAGCGAAUAAAAAUAACAUAUUUAAUUUUUCUUAUCAGGAAAGAAACAGCCCAUUUCAAAUUCAAUUUCAAUCUUAUGAGGAUUCAAAUAAAGUAUCUGUGGAUCCAUCAAUGCUGAAGUCUGCCUUUGAACUUAUUAUAAAUACACCCGCUCAUCUCAAUACAGUUGUUUUCUUAUCCGCCAGGAAACUUUGUAUUGAUGUUGGUAUAACGUUUACGAAAAUUGCAAACUCUAUCAAUAAAUCACUAUCGAAAAUGAAUGCCUCUGAAUUAGACAACUAUUUGAUAAAAGUUAAGGAUUUACAGUUAAAAGAAUUUUUAAAAAAAGGAAUUGGCUUUUUCUACAAAGGGAUGUAUGCAUCUGACAAAAAUAUUGUUGAAGAGUUGCACAAUAAAAGAUUGCUUUCAGUUACUUUAAGUUCAAGAGAUUUCCAUAACCAGGCACCUAUUUCAAAUAAUGUCAUAAUAUUAAGCACCCAGUAUUAUGAUAUCAGAGAACAUCGCAAUGUCAAUUACACGAUAAUUGAACUUUUGGAGAUGCUUGGUCUUUCUACCGGCUACAGCAACAAUCCUGGCAGAGCUAUAAUUUUGACAAAUUCAAAAACCAAGGAUUAUUACAAGAAAUUUUUGACAGAACCGCUCCCGACAGAAAGUUACAUGCCAUUCUAUCUUCAUGAUGGGUUCAUAACUGAUAUAGCUACAUCAAUUAUUGAAAGCAAACAGGAUUGUGUGGAUUGGAUAACAUACACAUAUUUUUACAGGCGUAUUCAUGCAAAUCCAAGUUAUUAUGGAGUUAAGGAUACUUCACCUAUGGGAAUAUCCGCUUACUUUACGGAAGUCGUUCAAGAUACAUUGGACGACUUGUUGGAAGCUUCUGUUAUCGAAAUCAAUCAUUCAGUUGAUGAAGACCAACAACAAGAAGCAGAUGAGGUUAUAUCUCCAUUGAACGGAUGCAUGAUCAGCUCACAUUACAAUAUUUCAUUCCAGACCAUGUAUAUGUUCAUGAAUUCUUUGGAGAAGAGUACUAAAUUAAAGUCCAUUAUUGAAACUUUAGCUUCUGCUUUGGAAUUUGAAAAUAUCCAAUUCCGGCAAGAGGAGUUUACCACUUUAUCAAAGAUUCAUAGUGCCUUACCCUUUCAAUAUUCUGCUGGUUUACAACAAGAAUUACCUGCCUUCAAAGUUUUUGUCUUACUGCAGGCUCAUUUUUCCCGCUUGAAGCUGCCCGCUGAAUUGGAGAUGGAUUUAAACAGUAUUUUAGGCAAGGUUAUUCCUUUACUGAAUGGAAUUAUAGACAUUCUAUCAGGUGAUGGUCGUUUGAACGUGACAACUGCGAUUGAUCUUUCCCAGAUGUUAGUACAAGGCUGUUGGGACACUGACAGCCCAUUAAAACAGAUCCCGUAUUUUGACAGUGAAAUUUUACAGAAGUGCGCUGACCACAAGGUCGAAACAGUAUACGAUAUAAUGGCAUUGGAAGAUGAAGAACGUAAUUCUAUAAUAUCUUUACCUGCUAUAAAGUUAAAUCACGUCGCAGAAUUUGUUAACAGUUAUCCAAAUAUUGAAUUACAGUAUUCAAUUGAUAAAUCUGCUUCUAUGAUUGCAAACAAACCGAAAAGCAUAAAUGUUACUAUAGUAAGAGAUGAGGAGCCAGAAUCUUUAAUAGUGAUUUCUAGCCGGUUUCCAGUCCAAAAACUAGAAAAUUGGUGGAUAUUUAUUGGAGAAAUUUCUACUAAACAACUGUAUGCAAUUCGUAAAGUAUCCUUGACGAAAGAAACGCAGUCUUAUGACCUUGAUGUUACUAUUUCAGAGGUUGGAAAGCAUAGAUUAACCUUAUGGUGUGUUUGUGAUUCCUAUAUGGAUGCAGAUAAAGAGCUGUCUUUUGACUUGGAUGUUAUUGAGUAG